CUUUUAUUUAUUUCCCUCCUCUUUUUUUUUUUUCCUUACAUUAUUAUGUCCAAGAAUAUUUUGACUACUUCCAACGGUAACCCUGUUGAAAACAACCAAACUUCCCAAACUGCUGGUCAAUGGGGUCCUGUUCUUCUUCAAGACUUUCACUUGAUUGAUAAACUUGCUCAUUUUGACCGUGAACGUAUUCCUGAACGUGUUGUUCAUGCUAAAGGUGCUGGUGCUCAUGGUUACUUUGAGGUUACUCAUGACGUUACUAAUCUUACCAAGGCGAAGUUCUUGAGUCAUAUUGGCAAGCGUACUCCUGUCUUUACUCGUUUCUCAACUGUUGGUGGUGAAAAAGGUAGCGCUGAUACUGCUCGUGAUCCUCGUGGUUUUGCUGUCAAGUUCUACACUGAAGAAGGUAAUUGGGAUAUGGUUGGUAACAAUACUCCUGUCUUCUUUAUUCGUGAUCCUUCCAAAUUCCCUGACUUUAUUCAUACUCAAAAGCGUAAUCCUCAAACUAAUCUUGCUGACCCUGAUGCCUUUUGGGAUUUCUUAUCUCUUGUUCCCGAAAGUAUUCAUCAAGUUUCUAUCCUUUUCUCCAACCGUGGUACCCCUAAUGGUUAUCGUUAUAUGAAUGGUUAUUCCUCUCACACUUUGAAAUUGGUGGAUGCUCAAGGUAACUUCAAGUAUGUCAAGUGGCACUUCAAGACUGAUCAAGGUAUCAAGAACUUUACUGCUGCUGAAGCUGGCAAACUUGCUUCCGAAGAUCCUGAUUAUGCUACUCGUGAUCUCUUCCAAGCUAUUGAACGUGGUGAAGCUCCUUCUUGGUCUGUUUAUGUUCAAGUCAUGGAUCCUAAGGAUGCUAAGACUUAUCGGUUCAAUCCAUUCGAUGUCACAAAGGUUUGGCCCCACAAGGAUUACCCCCUUCAACCGGUUGGUCGUAUGGUAUUGAAUCGUAACCCUGAAAACUACUUCGCUGAAACUGAACAAGCUGCCUUCUCACCUUCUCAUAUUGUUCCUGGUAUUGAUGUAUCUCCUGAUCGUAUGUUACAAGGUCGUCUAUUCUCUUAUCCUGAUACUCACCGACAUCGUCUUGGUGUUAACUAUGCUCAAAUUCCUAUCAACCAACCUCAAUCUCGUGUUAUCAAUCACCAACGCGAUGGUUUCAUGGCUGUUAAUGGAAAUGGUGGUAGUGCUCCCAACUAUGAACCCAACACUUUCGGUGGACCUUAUCAAAGCAACGUUGCUGCCUCUACCUUUACUGCUGAAGAAAUUUCUGGUUUCACUGGUCGUCAUUCUUACACCUUGGAAGAUAUUGACUUUGUCCAAGCUGGUGACUUGUACCGUCUCAUGUCUGCUGAAGAAAAGACUCACUUGGUGAACAACAUUGCUGGUCACUUGAAGAACGCCAAGAAGCAUAUCCAAGAACGUCAACUUGCUCACUUUAAGCGUGCUGAUCCUGAAUAUGGUCAACGUAUCGCAGCUACCAUCCUUCAACUUUCUAGCAAGGCUUAAAUAGUAUUACUCCGUAUUCCGUUUAUAACCAUUAGUUGAUACUUUCUUUUUUUUUUAUUUUUUUUUUUAUCUUUAUCAUUAUUAUCCUCUGCUCAUACUCCUUUUAGUCUUUACUCUUCCUAUUUGAAGGGAAAAAAAAAGCCUUUAUCCAUUAUACAUAUACUAUUCUAUUGAUGUCUUUGACUAGAAAUAAAACUAUCCUACUUUGGACAUUUUGUACAAAUUACAAACUUCUUGUUUCUAAUAAAGUUAUAAGGAUGAUGGUUCAUCCUUAGCUUUUAUCCGUCCUGAACGCAAACUCAUCCUGUACCACGAAGGACAAUGUAGCAAAUAUUACAUAUGAUAUUUCUCUUGAUAAAAUAAAUGAUUUAUUGAAUUGAAUGACUUAAAAAAAA